GAACAAACGUCACAAUCUGACAAAUGGAAACGGAACCAAAGAAAAAGAAACUAUCAGCAUGUGUGUGCCACAUUUAAAAGUGUCCGGAAUCUUUUUGUAGUUCAUAGACCCUUUUAAAAAACGGGAACGCUGAACGGUUUUUGUUAAUUAAUCUCGCGGAAAUGGAGGACUGGUGCAGCAUGCUCCCGCAGGACUGGAAUAAGUUUGUGAACCAGGAGGUGAAAGUGACCGCGCAGGAUAAACAGCAAUAUGAAGGCUUUGUGUUUACAGUGGAUCCUGUUUCUGCAAGCAUCGUCCUUGUGACCUUUGAGGAGAAAGGAAGCGCCACUGUGAGGGUCGUCCUGGGUCACGCGGUGAGAGACGUGCAGCUUAUCAGGCCGGGAGACGAGGAUACAGAGAGGAAGAUGAGGACUCUGUUUAUCCCUCCUGGCAGUCGGGAAUUCAGCACAGAGGAGCUUGAGGGACGAAAAAAAGACCUGCGAGCAUGGCUGGAGCAGAACCUCAUUCCCGUUACGGACGAGGGCGAGGUUCUUCGCGUAGCCAAUGUGCUCACCAUUAGCGCCCCGUACGGACCCGAGCAGUGCAGCAGCAGCAACGAGAUCAUCCUGGCGAGAGUGCAGAGUCUCGUGGAAAGCAAGCCGGGACGAGAGAAAUAGGAGUGAGAGUUCAGCUAGUCACAAUGUGUCCUCUUUCUCAUGAAUCCACUGGACUUUGAUUAAAGCAUUUGCACUGUGAGGCUGUUAGCUUUUACACUUCUGUGUAUUUCAUUAUGUGAAUAAGUGUACAAUGGGACUUAUAAACAGGAGUCUAAGACAGACUAUUCAUUUAGAUCAAGAGGUUGGAGGAAGAAAAAUAGAUUCCGUUACAUAUCGGGAUUCUUUUUUGUGGAGAUUCAUGUAUCACCAUAAUUUUUUUCUUUUUAAUUUAUAUAUAUAUAUAUGUUUACAUUGAGGUUGUAAAAUGUUGUAGUUCCUCUACCUUCCUGCAGGUGGCAGCUCUAAACUAGUCCCUUAGCACAGCAUCAUGUGGGUUAAUUUAACCAUCGUCUAUACAGCUUUAUUCUGUAUACAGGGUCCGGGGGUCCUUAUAAAAGCAUGCAUUGGUGUGUGUGUGUGUCCAGGUUGAGAUAGAAUUAUGUUACUGGAAUAUCCAGCACACACUGCACUCAUAAGACUCUUUCACUAUUUAAUUAUAAUUUUGAAGAACAUCUGGUGGAGAAUUUUUUUUUCCCUACGGUUUGACCUAUUAAAAUAUUUACACACCAUCUCUUAUAAAAGAAAAUAAUAAUAAAUCGAGGUUUAAUGUGGGUGGAUCUGAAAAUUAUUCUAUUUUGCUUUGUUCGCAGCAAGAAAAAGAAAGCACAGCUUUUGUUAAAAAUGUUUAAAUAUUUUGAUAUUUGACUGACCACGAAAUAAUUCUGAAGUAAUAAACUGUUUGUAUUGGAGGCAUGAAGAAAAAUGUGAAAAAAUGUCUAGAUCCCAAUUUUUUAAUUAAAUAUUUUCAUUACAUUAUUAAA